CUGAAUUUUCAUGGCCGUCAUCUGUACUUCUUAAAAGCAUUUUUAUCCGGCGUGAGAGUUCUAAAGAGGCGAAGAAUUCUCUGAUUUUCUCUGUUUAUAAUCGCAGAACUCGAUCAUGGCAGCACAAUUUUUGAACAGGCUUGGACAACUUGGUUUGGGUGUUGCUAUUGCUGGAGGUGUUGUCAAUUCUGCUCUAUACAAUGUUGAUGGUGGUCACAGAGCGGUAAUUUUUGACCGAUUUGCUGGUAUCAAGAAUCAAGUGUCAGGAGAGGGAACACAUUUUUUCAUCCCCUGGGUGCAGAGACCUAUAAUUUUUGAUAUCAGGUCUAGGCCUCGAAACAUACCUGUCAUCACUGGAAGCAAAGACUUGCAGAAUGUCAACAUCACACUCCGUAUCCUGUUCAGACCGAUCCCCGACCAACUUCCACGCAUCUACACAAUUCUUGGCGUUGACUACGACGAGAGAGUUUUGCCUUCCAUCACCAAUGAAGUGCUCAAAGCCGUUGUUGCCCAAUACGACGCCGGAGAACUGAUUACUCAGCGUGAAAUUGUGUCAAAGAAAGUCUCUGAUGAUUUGACCAGGAGAGCCGAGCAGUUCGGUGUCAUCCUAGAUGACAUUUCUAUUACCCAUCUGACUUUUGGAAAAGAAUUCACCAUGGCCGUUGAGUUGAAGCAGGUUGCACAGCAAGAGGCAGAACGUGCCCGAUUCCUUGUUGAAAAGGCUGAGCAGCAGAAGAAGGCGGCCGUCAUUUCGGCUGAGGGUGACGCUCAGGCUGCCAUCCUUUUGGCCAAGGCCUUCGGAGAGGCUGGUGAAGGCUUGGUGGAGUUGAGGCGCAUCGAAGCAGGCGAGGACAUUGCCUACCAGCUGGCCAGAUCGAGGAACAUUGUUUACUUGCCUCCAGGCCAAGGCACCCUGCUGACCCUGCCUCCCAUCCAGUAAAAUCGCAAUGUAAAUAAAACGUAGGGCAUCCAAGAUUUGGAGCCUCGAUUGUUACUAUUUUGGGGCGCCAGGCUUAGUCAUUGAUAUCAUUUAUGAAAAAUACUUCAUCAGAGAGAGAUCGGCCAUGUUGUAUGCAUUUGAUUUUGGAAUAAAAGAAUGCUGAAUUAUAUUCAUUUCCAGCAAAAAAAAAAAGUAGAUGA